AUGACUACCGCCGCCUACUUGGGCGCGGCGCUGUGCUACGACGCCGCGCACGUGGGGGUGUACGAGAGCGCGUGCGUGGACGCGAACCCGGAGGGCAACUGGUACGGGAUCAACGGGCGGCAGUUCAACUGCAAGGGCAUCCUGAUGUACAACUUCUACGUGGGGCUCUACGACGCGGGCGAGACGGCGCAGUGCGUGUGCAAGUUCGCCAACACGGCCGACGGCUGGGCAUUCGACGGCCACUGGGGUCCGUGCAACGGCGCCUGCGUCGCCGCCAAGUACGCCUGCGACGGCAACACGCCUUACGUGGUCGUCAGCGACAGCGACGCAGCUGAUGCCGUCGUCAAGCGCGCCACGCCCACCAACGCCACUAGCGGCUCGACGCCCUCCUCCUCCUCGACUUCGUUUGCCGCCCCGCGAACCGUCGGCAAUUGGAAGACAGCCCUCUGCGUCGUCGCCACCACCUUGGUGUCGGUGUUGGUCAGUCACAUUGCAUGA